AAACAUAUACCUAUAAAAAGCAAAGUCAGAGAAACUGAACAGAAACUGAAGUGGUCUGUUAUUUUUUUCCAGAGCUGUAUAUAAUAAAUAUAAAAGGUGUUCUUUGCUAUCAGUGAUGGGUUGUUUAAAUCUAGUACUUCAAAUUUUCCCCAGUUAAACAAUAUGUAAUAAUAAUGAGAUUUAAUUUAUUUUAGACAGUUUUCUACUUUUUUAAGAGUUUGUUUCUCGUUUUCAGGAGUUUCCUUCCCCAUUCCCAUCUUCCUGCUGAUAAAUGCGCGUUCACAAGCGGAAAAGUGAGGGAAAAGAGGCGCGUUCACGUCGUUUAUCCAAACUUAAAUCACGCUGAAGCAGCUCGUGUAGUUUCUGAGGAGAAUUUUGGCGGUAAAAGACUCUGAGGUGAUUUUUUUUCCCCCUCAGAAACGGAGCUGCAGCGAGUUUGAGGGAAUGGCUCGCGCGCUCUGGCCCCGCCCCCCUCAGCCCUGUCACAUGGGCAGCAGCUAUGGGAGUCUCAGCUCUGCUUACUUCUCUCUCCCUCAGCCGUGUUUACUUCAGCCUUCAGACUAAACCUGACAACAUGAGCAAAGGUUACCCCCGCCUUUCCUCUCUCCUAACCCCGAGCAGACGGCCAGUCUCAGUUCUGUCCUGCUGCUGACAGCCUCAGGGCUUCUCUUCUGGAGGAGGACGGACAUGGCUUUGGUUUGGACCUGAAGUGUUUGGAGGAGCACACCAAAUACUGGGUCAACCACAGGGUGAAACCCUGAGUCACUAGCCCUCCAGGCGUGGGUCAGCAGACCGGGCAAGUAUCCUAAAUAUGAGGACCUUUUGAGGGUGACCAGACCUACAGAACUUUUGCGUGUAUGCUUUCUGUUCAUAUUAUAUUACAUUAUAUAUGUGUGUAAAACUGCGAUACCUACCACCAUGAUUGGAUCUCCAGAUUUGCUGGCGUUUACGACAGAAACGGAUUUUCGAGAACCUCCCACAGAUCCAUUUGCACUUCCAGAAGAACUGUCAGUCCCUGAAUACCCUCAAUCAAGUGAAUCUUCGCCCUGGUCUUGGACAUCCAGAGUUAAAUUCAACAAAGAUUUCAUUCUCAUAGCUGAGUUUUCCGAACAGGUUGGCCCCCAGCCAGUGCUUACAAUUCCUGAUGGAAGCAAGGUUUGUGGGUCGUUUGACCUCAAUCACUUCUCUCUCAGGAUAAUGUCAAUGGACUAUCAGACUUCAUUCACAGGCCCUGGUGGUGCUGGCUGUCCCAAGCUGAACUUUGUAGAAGAUGCCAAAGUGGUUCUAGGUGACUCCCGAGAAGGAGCCUACGCUUAUGUGCACCACCUGACGCUGUACGACCUGGAGGCUCGUGGUUUCGUGCGGCCCUUCUGCAUGGCCUACGUGUCUUCCCAAGAAAAGAAGAUCAUGACUCAUUUCCCUCAGCUUUCAGCUGAGUUCUCCAAGGCGUCCGAGUGUCUUAAGACUGGAAACAGGAAGAACUUCGCCAACGAACUGGACAAAAAGCUAGGAGACUUAGAGUACACCAGAUUAGUAUUGCUGCGAGAGAUAAAGCGGGACAGGCUAAACAGUUUACCCAUCAGCGAGAUCAAUGGAGGCUCAAUCAAUGAUGGAGCUGCAUGGAACAGAGAAAAACAGGAUAAAAAAGGGAACAGCAGUUUGUUGCUGACCACAGUGGAACAGAAAUUGAAAGAGAAAGACAGAAGUGUGUUUUCAAUUGAGGAAGAGCGAAAUAACGGCAGCUCAGAUUUUGACAAAGAGCAAAAUGAAGAUGAUGGUUCAUUUGUGCAUGUGACUUCCAGACAAGUGAAUGAUCUGUCAGAAAAAAAUAUAUUAAAAGAAAGUUCCAGGUUAAGAUGUACCUCAUUACGGUGGCCUGAUAAAGCUGCAGAGCUGGCUAGUGUAGAAAAAGCCAUUCGGGAACACAGAAGCCUUUUGAAACAGGUCACCUCCUACCCAGCCAGAAAGCUCAGAGACCCAGAGUUUUUUCCAUAUGAGCCAUACGACGCACCUCACUCUCUGGAACCUGACUUGGACCCGCAAAUCCCUGAGCCAGGAGUGGAGUGCAGCGUUUUCACCUACACAUCAUCACACACUCCAAAGCUGGUCAGCUCCAGCUCUUGCAAACAGUUUGACAAGCGUCUUAAGAAUUUGGAGGAGCUAUGUGAUGAAUAUUUUCUCCAGCAAGCUCAGAAAGAGCUCCGCUCUAUUGAGAGGAGCUUCCGUGGAGACAACAGCUACCUCCUUACACGGCAGCUCACCCAAAACUUACUCCAGCAUCUCAAAACCACUAAUUUUCUAUUUGAAGAUCCAUGUGACUUGGUUGCUGAGUCAGAACAACAGUUCAACAGACCUCAAGUGCGACCACUGCUGCGCCUGCCUGUUUCUCCACUGCAGAGUGAACCUGUAAGCCUGGAGUCGUACACCUCCUGUGUGGAAAUGGUACCAAUUAAGCUUGACGUUGCAAUCAAUGGACAGUCUGUAGCUGAGCACAACAACAUCCCAGCAUCUCCUAGCUGUGAUGAGCUCCCUAUGACACAACAUGUGCCGGCAGAAGGAGACUGUGAUGACAAAGAGGCAGUUUCCUCGCAGAUGAAGGACAGUAUUAGCAGUGGAGAGAGUAUUGAGGUGCUGGGCACAGAGAAAUCCUUUAGAACUCAGGGAACUCACAUUCCUGUGGAAGUAGUUCCACAGAGACCUCUGUCGUUCCCCGUGCCUGCUUUAGAGGGGCGAAGGCGGAGAGUGGCAACCCAGCGGGCAAACAGCGAAGACAGCAUUGAGGUACUAAGCAUCACAGACUCCAUCAUUCAAGAUGAUCUGCGGGCUUCCUAUCCUUCUGCUAUCUCUGAGGAAACCACAGAGUGUGAGGAAAAGGAGAAAGACAGAACAUCAGGUCAGAAGGACGAAAGUGUGGAUGGUAACCUUUGUGGCACUGGAGAAGUAGUUCCCAAGAAAUUACACAUAGACUGCCAGGGCACACCUUGUACCCCCGAUUCACCAACUCUUGUUUUAACCCCACCUGAUGCUUGUGUAAAUUUUGCUCUGAAUAAGGUCAACUAUCUGGAUUUGUAUGCCAUGGCAGGGCCAUUUUUUCCUGUGGUUGACGGGCCUUUACAGCUCUUACAAGAUGACCUGUCGGACUGCACCAGUUACCUCAGCCUCACUUCCACAGCCUCAGUCUCUUCAGGUGUCUAUGGGGAGAAGUGUACAGGUGUAAGUCGGCGAAAGCGUGCCAGGAUAGGACGGGCGGCACUGCGAUUCCUGCGGCAGUUUCCAUUUGCUGUGCAUGCAGUAUACAGCCUGCUGAGCGGCCGGACACUGGUGGUGCUGGGCAGUGAGGAAACGAUUGUUAGACAUUUGGUCUCAGCACUGACAAUCUAUACACCACAUGUGGGGAAGUACAAAGAGAGUAUCCAGCCGUGGACGUCAGAGCCUCUGCAGAUUUCUGACUUACUAACCUGGAAGCUCAUCGGCUUUAACAGAUUGGCACCACCUUUAUCCUCCAGCACGCCUCCCUGCCUAAUUCGUUACGGCCGGUACCUCAGCAUACUGGAUGUGGAUCAGAGGACUUUGCGGUGUCCGGCUUACAGAGGUUCUCUGAUCUGUCCUCUGAUGGAGCCUCGGAGUCAGAUUGUCCACGGCACCACCUAUUACCUGUACGCCCAGAGUGUAAUCAGCAAGCUGGUGUCCAGAGCGUUCCUGCUUACUUUCUGUCACAGCCUCCACCUUCCCAGCAGUCCCAGUAAGAGGAGCAGAGCAGAGCGCUUCCACUGUGACCUCCAUGAUGACGAUUUGAAAAUAUUACGUUUCCUUUCUAAGCUCAUCUCUCAGCGUCUGUCUGGCAGCACUCCCAAAAUCCUCCGCUUCAAUUACACUGCCAGUACAGUAUUUAAACAAUGAGCUAGCUCAUCUUCUUCUUCGUGGUGGAAGGACAUUAAGGCAGUGAUAUCAGUACCUGGGUUUGGGUUAUAAGUGGAACGCUGCUCUGACCUGUGGGAUAGGGUGUAGGAUCUCCUGUAUUGAAUGUCGAUGUGAUUUCUGCGAGAGUCACUUAUCUGUUCACAUGGACAGUUCGAGCCAGACUCCGCCGGUCACGAUCAUUACCACCCACUGCACUGAGCUGUCCACUGUGGAUGGUAAUUAAUGUCUUCUAUGAUGUAAUGCCAGUACACAAAUUACACUGUGGAUUGAAGAAUGGUAAGUGUCCAAAAAACUUAAAAAAUGCAGUGUCCCAUCCAUCUGCACCCACUAUCAGGUUUUGCUCAAUCUGAUAAAUUAUGUCCACUUGCCAUGAGCACUCUGACAAACUUUAAACUCAAAAAAAGUUAACACCUCACAGCCUUUACAGUUGGGCCAAUCCCAAGUCGUUCACUGAGCUUAAUGUUUCAUGAUCAAUUUACGUACAGACUUUUGGCGUGUCAGAAUAAUACGCAUAGGAAAUGUGUCGACCUCCUAAAGUUACAUUUGAAAAAUGACUGCAUGUGUUACCAUUAUCAAAAUUACACACUGUAUAAAGCUCCUGUUGCUUCACUGGUGACUCCAGUUAAACUUGGUGUAGCUCUAAGCAUCUUGCUUGCAAGCGAUGGUUUUAAAAGGACAAUAAAAUUCAGUAAUCCCAGUUAUUUAUGGCCCAAUAUAGCCAUAAAAAUCCAUCUCAAAUUUUCAUUUAAAAUGUUCAUGUUCGCUCUUUAAAAAAAAAGCAUCUACUGAUUCCUUAGGGGUUACCAAAAGUGUCUAUUUCAUGGUACAGUUUCAAAAAGAAAUAUCAUCCAUAAAGUAUUAUCAUAACUGCAGGGAACACAGUUUUACUGCUGUUUUUCCCCCCAUAUUCCAGAGUCUGUUCUAUUACCAAUACUUCUCUACAGGCACUAUUAUUCUCUUUAUUUGCACAAUUGUGUCUGCAGUGGGUGUGACUCUAUGCUAAAUUUGAUAGAAGGGGUGUCCACAAACAUUUGGACAUGUAGAAGUUGGUCACAUCACUGUGAAUGGAGAUUCUCCAUUAAAAGAGAUAUAUAGUCUAGAACUAGGGUUAAUCUGUGUCGGGGAAAACCAACAAAUAGUGUAUGCACUGAAUUUCAGCUUACUGAACACAUAAAAAAAAAGAAAAAAUGUUGGGGGACUUUUACCUGCAGUGUAAAUGUAGCCUUUGUUGAGUGCUACUGUUCUGAAGACCUGGUGGUCAGUCAGUUCAAUGCUGUUCAGGAUACACUGUUCAAAGUACAGCAGCAACAAUAUGAUUAAUCCCAAAAUCUGCAUUUCCAACUAGUUAUUUUAUUUUUUUGGCAGUACAGGUGCACAUGUGCUUGGGGUAGAACAUGCAGGCGCAGAAUUGGCUCAGAGCGUCCAGGUCCUUGGAUUGGCUCACGUUUGUGAAUGUGUAGAUCUUUUCCAAGUGCGGAUAAAAGUGAUCCUUGCUGCUUUUGAUUAAUAAGGAAAUAAUGAGGUAUUAUAGCAGUGGAUUAUUAUUAUAAUUCUGGUCAUACAGUGAACUCAGCACUUUAUAAUCAGCAGGCAUUACUCAGGGUUGUUCUAAAUGCUAAGUCACUGUCAGCUGCUUAUGCUUAGUAUGCUUAUUCCUUUUACCUACAAAAAAUGGCUUUAGGCACAUGAGAACCAAAGUUUAUGUACAUUUAGUCCGGUUAGUUUUAGUUUCACACUAAAGUUUAAUGUGUAAGAAGACUUAAGAACUUUCCUAUAUUCUGUCUUCAUCACAUACACUGGCUGUUUUUCUAUACAUUUUACAUUGAGGAUUGCUUUUGUAAAACGUUGCCAGUUCCUGGUGUUGAACACGCUUCAUGCAGCAGAAUGAGUGUAAAAAGAUUUCCCCUUUUUUCAUUUAAAAUGAUAAAUAAGGGUUAAUCUACAGUUACAGUAGAUAUAGGCACCAAUAAUUAAGCAGAAUAAUCUGUUGCACCCAUACUGUUGCACAAUGCACGUACAAAACACCAUUUUUUUUCUUCUUCAAUUUUUAAUGGAUAUAGUUAGCCUGCCUCAUCUUCCCGUUAUUGGUUCAAAAGUCCAAACCAUGGAAAAAAAGUGUUGCAAACUGAACCAGACCCUUUUAGUUUCUCUUGAUCAUCCACUUUCUUUGGUCAAAUACAAUUCUGGUCCUUUGAUACAGACUGUGGUUCAUGGCACUUUCACAUCUGCUAUAUUAAUCCAGUCCAAUCAGAGUAAAUAUAAAAGCACUCAGAAACAAACGUGGGACUGCUGACUGUGCAGCAAUUCUCAAAAAUAGGUUUUACCCAGAUUGUAAAAAGACCCAUGUCAGGUUUUGCAAUCAGAGAAAUCAAAACAUUGCCCAAUCCAUUUGGUCAGCUCUUGUAAAUUACAUGCAUUACAGUCAGUGACAGUACCAUUAGUGAGGUCAAACUGUUGGAUGACCACCAUCCUACCUCACAAAAAGAUAGGGCGCUGUGCUAAAAUCUGACGACAGGACAAAGUAAAGCUCUUAGUGCGCUCAGUGAACUACAGUGAAACCAAAUGUACACAAUGUAACAUUCAUCAACCUUAUUUGGACUUCCAGGUGUGAAAACGCCCUACAAGAUUAAAAGAAUUUGCUGUUUUUAAUUCAUUUCUUCCUUCAAAUACUGUAGGAUUUGUAACAGGCUGCAGCACAAACCCAAAGCACUAUCUCCUAACGCUGGAUAGGUGUUCUUUUCAUGAAUUUCUGCACUUUUUUUUGUCCAUAUACACUUUAACUUAUUGUGAUUACUGUGUUU